AUGGUAUCCCUGGUCCAUUUCGUCAGGAAGCUCAACAAAGACUUUCGUCGAUUCUGCAAGCAAUACCACAAAUCGGCUAGGGACACAAGCAAUGAUCUCACGCAUCUGAUGGACGAGACUUAUGCCAUGACAUGCGAGAUAUUGGAACUGAUGAAGGCGAUGUCUACCAUGAAGAAAGACAUGGCUCAUAUGAUGGACGAGAUAGCCGACCUGAAUAUGCAUAUGGCCCAUCUCACUUCUGAACGUGCUGCCAUAUCAGAACGCGUCAAGUCUCCUGAGGAAUUCCAGAAGACGGUGUUGGAGAACUCUAAUCUGCCGAAAUUAGAUAUAUGCGCAUGCCAGGAUGUCUAUCGAACUGAAGCCGGAAUAAUUUUCAGGACGGGACCAAUGUCAACACCAACCCUCAUCACCGAGCUGGCAGCUGCCAUUGCUCGUAACACUCAGAUUGUCAACGACUACUUCAAGGCCAACAACAUCCCCACGCCCUCAUUCGACGUCGAUGGACCAGCGACGGUGACGAUUCCCCCUCACGAGAAGGAGGUGGCAGCCGCACAUGCCCAAGUCAUUGCUGACACGCAGGCGCUUCACAAUCUCAUGAAAGGGCCGACGGAGAUGGUGAUGGGGAUUGCGGCGAUCAAUCCAAACGACAUUAUCAGCUUGCAAGCGAUGCUACGGUUCGACGUGGCGAAGAAAUUCCCGCUGCAUGAGAGAGUCUCGUUCGAGUAUCUGUCUGCCAGCUGUGGCGUCAACGUCACCGAUUUUCGACGCCUGAUCCGGCAUGCCAUGACGAACCACAUCUUCCGUGAAGACGAGGACGGCCUGGUGGCGCAUACGGCGGCAUCGAGGGUGUUGAGGGAGAACCGCUUGCUCAACAAUAUUGCGGGCAUCAUGACGGAAGAACUGUUCCCGGGGGCAGCUCAGACCAUCAAUGCGUUGGUCAAGUACGACGGUUUUCAUGUGCCAAACCAAUCUGGCUUCAGUCUGGGCCACAAUACCGACAAAGGCCUCUACGACGAGCUGCGACAGUAUCCCGAACGAGCAGAACGCUUUGCAGGCGCCAUGAGCGGCUUCGCAGCCCGAACUCCCAUCGAUCCUCUCGCCAAAGGAUAUAACCGGGCGCCUAUCGUCAAGAAAAAAAGGGACAGUUGUCGAUCUCUCAAAAAAGACGCCCACAUCCUCCUGGUCAACGACUCCAUCCUUUGGAAACCGUGGAGUCUUCCACCUUAUGUGGAAAAGUUUCGACGGUCAAUGGAUCUCAACAUGAUGACUUUCUUCGGCUCGCGGGAACGAGCGCUUGACGAGUGGGAGAAGAUCGUCCGGGAGGCAGAUCCACGGUUGGAAAUGCGAGUUUACGAGCUGAAUCCAGGCUAUGUGUUGGAUAUUUACUGGAGGACAGAGUAG